AUGGAGUGUGCCUUGGAGGACUCUGCUGAGAGGGUGGAGAUAGCCCUGGAGGACAGAGGGCCUCCAGAGCAUGGAGGACCAGACUCUGGGCCCGAGAAAGAUCCCCAGGGCCAAGUUUGCUUGAAAGACAAUCAAAAGGAGCUUGGGAAGGUAAGCCCAGACGUGAAAAGAAAACGGCAGGAAGUGACUACAUUUGAGAUAGAAAAUCAAGGUCAAGAUAAGAAAAGUAAAGGUGUUCCAUUCACUUCUAAUCAGGAAAAUGAGAAUGUCAGUGGUUGUGAAGAAGUAUGCUACACUGUCAUUAAUCAUAGGCCCUAUCGGAGACCCUCCCUGAACUCCAGUGAUGAUGGUUAUGAGAACAUCACAAGGAGAGUGAGACCAUUAAGAGAAGGGCCAGAAACAGAAUAUGCCCUUCUCAAGAAACCUUGCACUAUCAGAUCUUCUUCCUGUACAGCUGAGAAUGAUUACGAAAUUGUGCUUCCUCACUAG